AUGUACAGCAGCACUCGGGGUGUGGGCCACAUUGAGGGCAGCCCGGUGCGAUCGCCCCGUCUGCCUCGAUCGCCCCGUCUGGGUCACCGCCGGGUUACGAGCAGCUCCUCGGGGUCCAAAACCCUCUCUAUGGAGAACAUACAGUCUUUAAAUGCCGCCUACGCCACCUCGGGCCCCAUGUACCUGAGCGACCACGAAGCCGUAGGCUCCACCGCUACAUACCCCAGAGGCACCAUGACGCUGGGCAGGGCGUCCAAUCGCGCUAUUUACGGUGGCAGAGUGACCGCAAUGGGCAGCAGCCCAAAUAUCGCGUCCAUCGGUCUCCAGCACGCUGACCUUUUGUCGUACGCCGGUGACCCAGCCUCUUUGGCCAUGUUACAGCAUUCCCACCAGCAGGGGGCACUGCUGAGGCAGGCCGUCAGAGGCGGUGGAGGUGGUAUGGAGCUGAUGGAGCUUCAGGCCCAGCUCAGGGACAUGCAGAGGGAAAACGAACUCCUCCGCCGCGAGCUGGACCUCAAAGAGAGCAAGCUGGGCUCCUCCGCCAACAGCAUCAAAAGCUUCUGGAGCCCCGAGCUGAAGAAAGAGCGAGUGAUGAGGAAAGAGGAGGCGGCGCGCACAUCCGUCCUGAAAGAGCAGAUGAGGGUGACCCACGAGGAGAAUCAGCAUCUGCUGGAUGCCCGCAGGACCAAGCACCUUCAGAUGACCAUCCAGGCCCUGCAGGACGAGCUGCGGACGCAGAGGGACCUGAACCACCUCCUGCAGCAGGAGAGCAGCUCGCGGGCCGCCGGCGCCGAACACUUCACCACCAUCGAGCUGACCGAGGAGAACUUCCGCAGGCUCCAGGCCGAACACGACCGGCAGGCCAAGGAGCUGUUCCUGCUGAGGAAGACGCUGGAGGAGAUGGAGCUGAGGAUCGAGACGCAGAAGCAGACGCUGGGGGCCCGGGACGAGUCCAUCAAGAAGCUCCUGGAAAUGCUGCAGAGUAAAGGGCUCCCCCCGGUGGCCGGGAGGGCAUCUGAGGAGGAGGAGCAGGACAGAGCCCGGCGCAUCGCUGAGGCUGAGGCUCAGCUGGGCCACCUGGAGGUCAUACUGGACCAGAAGGAGAAGGAGAAUAUUCACCUCCGGGAGGAGCUUCACAGAAGAAACCAGCUGCAUCAGGACCCCAGCAAGACUAAAGCUCUUCAGACGAUAAUAGAGAUGAAGGACACCAAGAUCGCCUCCCUGGAGCGAAACAUCCGCGACCUGGAGGACGAGAUCCAGAUGCUAAAGGCCAACGGCCUGCUGACCACCGAGGACCGCGAAGAGGAGAUUAAACAGAUGGAGGUGUACAAGAACCACUCCAAGUUCAUGAAGACCAAGAUUGACCAGCUAAAGCAGGAGUUGUCUAAGAAGGAGUCGGAGUUGUUGGCUCUGCAGACGAAGCUGGAAACUCUGAACAAUCAGAACUCCGACUGCAAGCAGCAUAUAGAAGUGCUGAAAGAGUCUCUGACGGCCAAAGAGCAGCGCGCAGCCAUCCUGCAGACCGAGGUGGACGCUCUUCGGCUGCGUCUGGAGGAGAAGGAGUCCUUCCUCAAUAAGAAGAGCAAACAGCUACAGGACCUUACAGAGGAGAAAGGAACGCUGGCUGGGGAGAUCCGCGACAUGAAGGACAUGCUGGAGGUCAAAGAGCGCAAGAUCAACGUCCUGCAGAAGAAAAUUGAGAACCUGCAGGAACAGCUGCGGGACAAGGAUAAACAGCUGGGGAACCUGAAGGACCGCGUGAAGUCUCUGCAGACGGACUCUACCAACACAGACACAGCUUUAGCCACACUGGAGGAGGCCUUGUCCGAGAAGGAGCGUAUUAUCGAGCGUCUGAAGGAGCAGAGAGAGAGAGAGGACAGAGAGAGGAUGGAGGAACUGGAGUCCUAUAAGAAAGAGAAUAAAGACCUGAAGGAGAAGGUCAGCACGCUGCAGGUGGAGCUUACAGAGAAAGAGUCCAGUCUAAUAGAUCUGAAAGAGCAUGCCUCUUCCCUGGCCUCAUCUGGCCUCAAGAAAGACUCCAAGCUCAAAUCUCUGGAGAUUGCCAUUGAGCAGAAGAAAGAGGAGUGCAGUAAGCUGGAGACGCAGCUGCAGAAGAAGGCCCACGAGGUGGAGGUCCAGCAGGGCUCUCGGGGGAACCCGGAUUAUGUGGAUCGAGUGAAGCUCCUGGAGAAGGAGGUGUCUUUCUACAAGGAGGAGUCCGGCAAAUCCCAGGCAGAAGUGGAGAGACUGCUGGAGAUCCUGCGGGAGGUGGAGACGGAGAAAAACGACAAGGACAAAAAGAUCGCAGAGCUGGAGAGCCUUGCUCCUAGGCAAGGCAAAGACCAAAACAAGAAAGGUCCCAAUAUCAAACUUGGCCAGCAGGGGGACAAAAAGAGCAGCAACAUCUUGCAGGACCCUCGCAAGGACAACCCCAUGGACAACCCCAAGAUGGAGGAAUUGAUGAGCGUGCUGGAGAAAACGAGGCAGGAGCUUGAAGCCACUAAACAGCGCCUGUCCUCCACCCAGCAGUCGCUUGCUGAGCGGGACAGUCACCUGACCAACCUCAGGCAGGAGAGACGCAAACAGCUGGAGGAGAUUCUGGAGAUGAAGCAACAGGCUCUACUGGCCGCUAUCAGUGAAAAGGACGCCAACAUUGCUCUGCUGGAACUGUCUUCCUCUAACAAGAAGAAGACACAGGAGGAAGUGAUGUCUCUGAAACGCGAGAAGGACAGACUGAUGCAGCAGCUCAAGCAGCAGACGCAGAGCAGGAUGAAACUAAUAGCAGACAACUAUGAAGAUGACCACUACCACCCUCAUGCCCCUCUUCACCAUAUGCAACCCCAGCCACCCCACAUCCAACCACAACCUCAACCCCAGCCUCUGUACCCACACGCCCCUCUCCCUCAGCAACAGCCCCCUUACCCUCAUGCCCCACACGCCCAACAUCCCCAACACCCACAACACCCUCAACCCCCUCCACAGCACCCACAUCCCCAGCAAGCACCUCAGCCUCAGUACCCCCAGCACCCCCAACAUCCGCAACACCCACAACACCCUCAACACCCACAACAUCCCCAACCACCGGGCCCCCACCAGCACCCGCCCAGGCCCCAGCAGCCCCACCCACAACACCCGCACAGUGGUCCCCCUCCCCAGCAACACCCUCCACACCCUCAGCACCCUCAGCACCCACAGCACCCACAGCACCCACAUGGACCUCCUCCACCCCAGCAAAGCCCUCACCCCCACCACCCCCCUCAUGCUGGUCCUCAUGGCCCUCACCCGCGACACCCACCACCACACCAUCGUGGUCCCGCCCGUGGACCGCUCCACCCUGGACACAGGCCGUCUCCAGACCCGGACGAUGAGGAGGGCAUUUGGGCGUAACAGUUUCCAAACCAAAGCUAUGAUGAUUUAUGGGAUGACUCACUCACAGUUGGAGGUGCAUAGCCAUGUCAUGCAGAUGAAACUACACAUUUUCCAUUUGGCCAGACUCUCCCACCAGACCCACACUUUACCAGGGGGCCUUGAUACUGAGGAAGAGGAGCAGGAGGGGUGUGAGUGUGUGAGCUGAGCGAGCAGGAAAACACCUGAGCAGAUGGGAGAAGGGCUCAGACUGAGAUUUCUUCAGGAUUGGAUGGAGGAGACACACAGGCAGCUUAUCUUACUGUCUAAUGGAGUCCCAUUCAGAAACACUGCCGUGGAUGACCCUCUACGCCGAUCCAAGACGAACUCUUGAGACGUCCUCAGCUGCAGUCGCUCUUUUUGACCUGAACCAUGUUACCUGCCCACUCACAUCUGGCUCUGUUUGCUCACCUGCUUGACCUCACCCCCUCUCUGACUCAGACGCUCAGUUUCUAUGAUGGGUCCCACCAUUCGACACAAAAUUAACCCCGUCCCGCCACAUCGUCUGCCAGAAGGAUCUGCAGUCUCUCUCGUACCUUCCUCUUUCAGACAUUCAGAAUGACGUUGUUCGGACUUUUACGUUUUUUUUGAAAAUUCAUUGCCAAGAAUCUCUAUUUUGUUUUGUUUACAUCCGCGCUAGAUAAACUCUUGUGAGUUUAAUUUCAGUACAUAUCAGGGUCACAUAACUGGGGAUUGAAAUUCAGGCACUUUGGAGGGGUUUGUUCUGGUUCUCCUGCAGUUUCCUGCGUCUUUACGUUGACGGGGCUUUAGCCCUGUAGGGUGCAGCAUGUUGGGCCUUUUAGCUGGGUUAGAUCCUGUCCUGUCAUUGUCCUGUAGUGUUACCUCAGCUGACAAUCGGAAGCACUCUAUGCAGGGUUACGUUCGACUCUUUUGUAAUCAGUUUCUAGCUUCCAAAUGUGCUGGUCGAAACACUGUUUUUAUUCCAGCAGUACUGGUCGAUCUUUCUCCUUGGAGAUCAUGGUUUGGUUUGCAUUUGAAAGCAUGCACCUAUGCACCUCCUCCGCCAUCAUAACUGGCCAGAUGCUUCAACAGCUGCAUCUGCCAAGGCCGUCAUCUUCACAAAACCGCUAAAAUGGGCUCAGAACAAAGAAAAAGGCAACUUCUACCCUCCUUCCAGGGUUUAUUUCUAAUGGUGCUUUUAUCGGUGCUUACACCCAACACGGAUGGAGACAGCCAUUGCCACACUGACUCGUGUCCGGCUAUACGGAGUUGUUUUGCUAUGACUUUACAGACACUUGGCUGGUCUGUGGAUGUGUCUGUAGUGUCCGUAGGCCUAAAGUUAGUAUUUGGGUGCUCAGAAGCUACGUCAGUAAGCUCCCUGUUCAUAUCAGGAAAAAUGGUACUAGAGCAGGGGCUCCCAAAAUCAGUCCUGGGGACCCUGCAGUAUGCACAGUUUUGUGCUUUCCCUCAUUUAGCUCACCUGGUUUAAGUCAUUCCCUAAUUAACAAGCCCCUCAUGUGCUGGGUCAGUGUGUCAGAAUAGGGAUUAAACUCACCAGACAAAAAAUGUCCUCUUUCCUGUGAGUUCCUGUCCAUUCAAGUCCAUUCUUCCAUUAACCAGUACACAUUUCAGCCAGAGUUCGUAUGACCCAAUUUGAGCAAUUCAUCUGGGGUCUGGGGACACUGCUGGUCAGUCAAACUGUUCCAUCUUUGUUGAACCAGUCACAUGCAGACACCAUACAGUCAUCUUCCUACAAUGUAGGAGUGUCAAUGUUGUGUUCUGCUUGGCCAUGAAGCAGAAGUUCUUGGUCAGAAGGUUCAGAAGAGUGGAAUAAAAUGGACAGGAACUUCCAGUAUGGUCCUUACAUGAUGGGAUUGGCGCCAUCAUAUAGGGAAUUGGAUGUUAUGGCACGCGCCCUGUCCCCCGGGAGAGAGCCGGGACCUGAACUCUG